AUGGAGAGAAUGUGGAGGUGGUGGGGGAUCCAAUCCGAUAAGGGGAGCAAUUCAGCAAGGGGAGUGGCAGGGGGAGAAGGGGGAAGCAGUGGGGGGUCCGAUCUGCCAAGGGAAGGGAUGGAAAAUGAAAAGGGAGGUCGGGCGGUCAGAUGCCGGCUCUGGGAGGCAGACUGGAAGAAGGGAGAGCUCGAAGAAGCGGGAAGAUGCUGGAUUCGAGGCGGCUCUGACGGCAUGGGAGUUGGAGGGAGGAGUUCGGAGGCUUCGGCGAUGGGGUGGGGUAACGGGGAGGCAGGCCUGGGGCUUGGGGAGGCAGGUCGAGGCUCGGAGAGGCAGCUGAGGGGCUCGAGAUUUGGCAGACAAGGGCUUGGGGAGGCGGUCGGGGGCUUGGGCAAGCGAGAUCCGGCUGGUGGCUUGGGGUAG